UCUGACCAUAGAGACGAGGGAGAGACGAGGUUAAAAAAAAAAAGGCAAGGCAGAGUUUCCGCUUCCGUCCUGCGGCCGCUUCCGUGUUUGGGCGUGAUGGAGUCGGUCCUGAGCGAAGUGGUGGCGUCGGAGGAUCUAAAAAGAUUUGAGAAGAAGUUCAACGCUGAGCAAAGCGCAGGCAACCUCACCAAAGCAACACAGUUCGAGUACGCUUGGUGCCUGGUCCGCAGCAAAUACAAUGAGGACAUCAAAAAGGGCAUUGUUCUUUUGGAAGAACUGUUGCCCAAAGGGAACAAGGAAGAACAACGGGACUACGUGUUCUACCUCGCAGUAGCCAAUUACCGGCUGAAGGAAUAUGAAAAGGCUCUGAAGUACAUCCGGGGCCUGUUGAAGACUGAGCCGAGCAACACCCAAGCCUUGGAGAUGGAAAAACUGAUCAAGAGAGCCAUGCAGAAAGAUGGCUUGGUUGGCAUGGCGAUCGUGGGCGGCAUGGCGUUGGGAGCGGCCAGUCUGGCGGGCCUGAUCGGCUUGGCCAUCGCCAAAUCCAAACCCUAAGGCGGAUGGGGGGGGGGGUAGGCCUCCCUUCUCUUCCUCUGGUGGAGCAGCCCGACCUGGCAGCUUGGAAGACCCAACUCUUCAAGAGAAGCGAGCGGAACGGAUGAUGAUUCGAAACACUUUUUUUUUUUUGUUUUUCUUCAAGCGUCGCUAACACUGACUGCAAUUCCUGGAUUUUCGCUUCUCUUUUUUUUUUUCCCUCCCUCCCCCUGAUCAGCUGCCACGCUCAUGAGGGCAAAGGGCCACGAUAACGCAGAAUUUGCCCAGAGAAUGAAGGUGCCCUGAGACUUAUAAUCCCAACUUUUCCUCUUUGCGUUGAAUCCAAACUGAGCUGCUUCUGCUUGUCUCCCCUUCGCUCGGUACAACGAGAGACGUACUAAGUCCUUCUCUCACUAUACUCUUGCCUUUUCAACUUGUCCCAAAAGUUUGGAGGUCUCUUCUGCUGAAGUCCGGGAAUCAAAACCACCCGAGUGCCCUUUGUGGAGAAAAACCAGGAUGUCCUCCUUCUUGCCUUUCGGGUGAAGCUUUGACCCAAGUUAUGGAGACAAGGCAGCCUUCAGCAUGGGGGAGAAAAAAAGCAAGUUUCCCCGGGCAGAAUAUUCCCUUCACUUGCAAACUUAUUUUUUUCCCUUCCUCUGCUUCUGGGCUUGCUCUUUGUAUCGGUGUGCGUAAUCAGGAUGAAUCCAUGGUCAAUACUACAUUAUUAUUUUUUUAAUUUCCUUGUUAUGCUUAGCCAGGUAGGCUCCUGAAUUCUUUCAAUUUCUUUCUUUUUUUUUUAAAGUCUUUUUUGCCCAAACAGCUUCUGACAACGGACCUCAGAAUGUGUGUGAGCA